UAUGGAGUCGGAAAAGCUUACAGUGGUGAAAGAGGAUGAUAACAAGCCUUCUACUUCCAAUAAAAAUAAACCUGAGCUUGCAACAUCAAACAAACCAUGCGAGUCUUGCGAAAAAUACAACGAAGCUUCAAAAUAUAUCACAACUGAAAUAAUCUCUUCUAAAAGUAUAUUGUCUUCUAAAAGUUCAAAAAAAUGUAAGAAAAAGACAGGCGCGGUCAAUACUAAAGACAAGCCAUGUGAAGCAACUGGUAUUAUGGUCACAAAGGAGAAAUUAUUUUCUCAAGCAAUGUCUCCCAAAGAUUUUAAAGAAAAAGUUAAAAGUAUGAAACCCAAAAAUCCGUGUAAAGUGCCACCGGAAAAAGAGACUCCUAUUGAUCCGCGUAGUUUGCCGAUACGCCAAUAUUUAACCGAAUACAUUGAACCUAUUUUUGGCGAUGCUUUAAUUGCACUGGCUCGAGAACUUCCUCUGGAACCAAUAGAAUUUUUGUCUUCCUAUAUACGAACUGCUAAACAAAGAGAAAAUGAAAAAUUUCCUAACAACUUAUCUGGUCCACCUAAUCCAUGAAGUUAUGUAUGUUAUAGGUACUGAGAUGGAACGCUACAACGCAAUUGUUUAAAUAAAAUCAUACCAUGAUUGUUUUGUUAAAGAUAUAAAUAAAAUUAUUAAAUAUGUAUUUUAAAUGCUUGUAUUCUUGUUAAUAAAUAUGCGUCAUCAACAAAUUCUU